GCUGACGUGCAGGGAGGUGUAUUUUUGUGAGCUGGGUGUUGUAAAGGCUGCUUGUGAGUCACACUGUGCUCUUAGUCACUGCUUUCCUCUUGCCACAAGUCAUGACUAAGGUGCUGAUGUGCCGAUUCCCUGCUAAUUCAGUCCUCAGCACCGUGGCGAAGCGCUUCUUGGGUGUUCCUCGUGCACACACUGCGGAUGGAUAGACCAUGGUGAAGACUGUAAUAACAGCCUGUGGUGGUGGGACAUGAGGCGGGAGCCCAUGAGACUGCCUGGGGUAAAGGAGAGAGCUUGCAUCUGGCAGGAGAUGAAUUAAAAUGCAGCACACCACGUGUACGGAGGACAGGAUCUACCACGCACUGGAAAGAUGUUUACACGGGCUUAGCAGAGAUGCUGUCUCCAGCAGAUGGGCUGCUGGGCUGUGCCUGAACUGCUGGAGCCUGCAGGAGCUGGUGAGCCGGGACGCCAGCAACUACGUCAUCCUUGUGGAGAAGAUCCUCGGCAAGGCCAAGGAGGUGCAGGAGAAGUGCGACUACGACCUCGUGAUGCCCCUGGCUCUGCUCUUCUACUACGCCGUCCUGUAUGCUCCCCAUUUCCCAUCGGGCUCCGACCUGCUCCUGAAAGCUGCCGGUGUGUACCACAGCUUCCUGACCUGGCCCGUGCCCUACUGUGACAUCUUCCGCAAGCUGCUCACCUUCAUCAGCAAUGAGCUUAAGGCCCCUGGGAUCUCCUUCCAGAGGCUGGUGAGGACAGAACAGGGGCUGCCCGUGAAGAACUACCAGAGCUCCACUGUGACGGUGCUGCUGCUCAACCCCUCUGAGGUGCAGAGCGAGUUCCUCUCCAUCGCUGAGAGGCUGAGCUCCAGCGAGCACCCGCAGAGCACCACGCUCAUCCUGCUGCUCGAGCACCUCUACCAGGCCAACUUCGGCACCUGCUGCGACCUGGACAGCCUGCACCACGUCCUGAAGUCCAAGACCCUGGAAGAGCUCUCAGAGAUCUACGCCACCGCCACGGAUGCUCAGGAGGCUGCGGCUGCCAGCAGUGACCCUGUCCUGGCGCGGGAGCGGCUGCAGUCCGUGCUGCGGGAUAUUGCCGGGGCCGCCUCCUUUCCUGCCAUCACGGGUGAGGGUCAGCCCCGCAGGCUCCACACCAUCCCCAUCCCUGCCGCUCGCUGCUACACUUACAGCUGGGAUCAGGAUAACUUUGAUAUCCUCAAUGAUGUCCUCAGCAAAGAGUGCAGCAUUGUUGAGCCCAUGGCCUCGGAGAACGAGGAGGAGGACGAAGAGGAGGUGGAAAUCGAUGGUGGUUCCCCUGAGCGCGACUCGCUGCUUUCCCCCAUCUGCACCAUUUCCAAAGACUCAGUGUACUCGGUGUUGUCAGAGGAGGGAUCGAAGCCCUCGCGAGUGUCCCUCUUCACCGCCUCCAAGGAGUCCAUCUCGGAGCUGACUGUGGUCUCCAGGAAGUCCCUCAAGUCAUUUGUGUCUAGUCUGAAGGACUGCAUGGACAGUGGGUACGCAGAGGACAGCGACGAGAGCUCCCUGGAUGCGGCAGGGCGGCCGGAGCUGAAGGCAGAGAAGACCCAUCACAAACACAGACACACGCUGACCACCAGGAUCUACAAACUGUUCAAGAGCAAGAGCCAGCUGGUCCUGAGGAGGGACCUGCGGGACUGCCCGGACACGGGCUCGCUCUCACUGCCGCUGCGCCGUGCCGAGAGCCUGUGCACAUCCCACGCCAAGCACCGCAUCCCGGCGCGCUCCCGGCGCGCUCACUCGCUGCCGCAGCACGUCCUGAGCCCUCGGCUGCCGGCCCCGCUCGCCCCGUGGCAUCUCAGCCUGCAGCGACGGCCGUUCCUCAGCUGCGAGGAUGACGCCAAGGCGGCCACGCUGCGCGUCGUGGUCUUCGGCUCCGACCGCAUCUCGGGGAAAGUGGCCCGAGCCUACAGCAACCUCAGGCUUAAGGAGAGCACCUGCCCCUUACUGACAAGGUACUUCAAGCUGCAGUUUUUCUACGUCCCUGUGAAGAGGAGCUGCUUGGCUCCAUCAACCCCGCUUAUGCAUCCCUCCCCAUCCCUGGGGGACCCACAGCUCCGAGCCUCAGCUCAGGUGGAUCCCACCUUGGCUGGGAUGGAGGGCAGCACCAAUGACAUCUCCCACUACAUUGGCAUGCUGGACCCAUGGUACGAGCGUAAUGUUCUUGGGCUGAUGAACCUGCCCAUGGACGUCCUGUGUCAGUCUGCCAAGCCAGAGGCUGAGCCCCAGGAGGACUCCCAGGAGCAGUUGCCCAUCCUGGCAGAUAUGAUCCUCUACUACUGCCGCUUUGCCACGCGCCCUGUCCUGCUGCAGCUCUACCAGACAGAGCUCACUUUCAUCGGAGGAGAGAAGAUGACUGAAGUCUUCAUUCACUCCCUUGAGCUGGGCCACUCAGCAGCCACACGGGCCAUCAAGGCAUCAGGACCAGGCAGCAAAAGGCUGGGUAUAGAUGGAGAUAGAGAAGCAAUCCCACUAACACUACAGAUCGCCUACAGCAAGACAGCUGUCAGUGGAAGAAGUCACUGGAAUGAUGUUGAGAAGGUCUGCACGUCUGUGAACCUCAGCAAAGCCUGCAAGAAGUAUGAAGAACUAGGCUCAAAGACAGAGUGCCUCAACUUAACCAUGACAGAGGUGGUCAAAAGGCAAAACUCCAAAUCCAAGAAGAGUUUCAAUCAGCAGAUCAGUGUGUCCCAGAUAAAAGUAGACAAGGUCCAGAUCAUCGGUGUCCAGUCCUCCUUUGCCGUGUGCCUGGACCAGGAUGAGCAGAAGAUCCUGCAGAGUGUAACCAGGUGUGAGAUCUCGGUGUGCUACAAACCCAGGGACAGUGAGCUCUUUGCACUAAGAAGAUCCCCUUUGCCCCACCAGGACCCCUCCGAGUUUCAUUCUCUCCUGUGUUUACCCAUUGCCACCUUCAGUGGAGCACUGCCAUAAAAGAACCCGGUGUCAUGUCAAACCAGAUCCCAUCCAACACCAGCGCUGGCUCAGGAGAAGGAAGCUGACUUUCCUCCUUUGGGCUGGAGACCCAGUGCUCUUGUUCAAGACAUCCUGCAGCCAAAGCGUUAGCAUGGUGCCUGGGCUGCUCUGCUGCGCGCUCAGCCUGUCCUUGGGAAGUGGGAAUGUUGGUGGUGUGCUCUGCUAUCUCUCAGGGUUCCUCAGUAAUGGGAGGCAAGUUGUUUCCUUGAGAUCUCCACUGGUUCAGCAGAUGACAACAGCUGGAUUGAGAGGGCAAGGCAAGGACAGGGCUGUUUCCCUCCAGCGCAUGCUGCUGUGGCUGUAUCUGACAGCGGCUGCCAGGCCAGUGUGAGCUGGGGGAACUUGUGAUGGGGCGUUUUGGAAAGCUGGUGUCCUUGGCUGAGUGGUGGUAGGUGGUCUUUGAGGCACGUGGAGCUGCAGGUCACCCAACCAGUGUCCUGAUGGCAUUUCAUCUGUACCAGGUUGAGGGAGCUCAGGACAGUCCUUUGGGGAUGUGGACAGGCUUUCCCAAGGGUUCCUUUAAAUUAUGAGGGCUGGGUGUCUCACAGAGGAGCAGUGCAGAGCAGAGCAACCCAGCUGAGGCCCAGAAAGACCCCAGCAUGGGUUGUAGACGGCUGCUUGUGUUCUGGUAAAUGGAGUGCAAUAGGCUAUACCAGGGUGUGGACAGCUUUUGUCAUUUAUACAUGUCCUUACUGCAACCCAGGACCUGCAAGAGAUGACUUUCCAAUUUCUGCAGAAAUUCAGAGCUCACAUGAGAUGUGCUGCCUGUUCAGCCCACAUCCUUGCAUCCUGCUCUGCAGCACUGGAAGCUAAGGACACCCCAGAGGCUGAGUCCUCAGUAGUUGCUUGAAAUAUGGCAGAAACCAUGCUCACACUCAUAGGAGGGAGGAAAGUACCAGGGAAACCACUAGGAUUCCUUAAACUCACCUGAAGUGGCAGCUUUGCUAGAGAAGAGCCCAUCACCAAACCCACUAGUGACACUUGCAAGUGAUGGUAGGAUUUGAGAU